UAAUGGAGUAAAAAGUGACGACACGCUUUUAUUUAGUGAGAAGCCUCGAUCUGCAUGGAACCGACGGGUCUACAAGACGUUUUCAAAUGUAUAACACUCCUUUGCAGCAAUGGAGGAUAUCGGUCUGGCUCCAAAACCUACAAAUGACCUCCCUGCACACUGGCCUGCAGCCACCGAGACAUUCGGAGUGCAUCAAGUCCAGCCGGGUGCACAUGAAUGAUGCAAGCAGGAAAUGUGAUUUGGAGAAAGACAGACCUUCCAGAAAAAGGUACUACUCAGUAAUCGCAGAACCCAUAAUGAUUCCUCAGUGCCUGCCUCAGAACCCCAUCGCUCUGGACUCAAAUACUUCACACCUAAAUCCUGUUUCCAAAAAUGGUAGUGGCAGUUUGGAGCGGGUAGGGCCCGCCAGAAAAAAAUCCAUAUCCAGAGUUGCAGAACCAUCCAAGUGGAAACAAAACAAGCAGAAACAGCUGAGGAUGGAGGGGAAAGCGUACAUAAGCAAGCGAAAAAAAGACGGCAAGACUGUGACCAAACAACCAAGGGCCAUUGGACCAAGAUGCACUUCAAAUGCAUGCAAAAAGGCAUCAAACCGACUUUGUAAUGACAUCAGUGAAGAGGGCAGGAAGAAACUGUUUAAUGACUUUUGGCAGAGAAUGAACUGGGCUCAGAGAAAAGUCUAUGUGUCAGGACUAGUGAACUGCAACCCCGUGGAAAGAUCCCGGGCAGCUGGAGCCGCAUCACGAAGAUCGGUGUCACUCCACUAUCAUUUGAGGGUGGAUGGCAAAAAGAAACAAGUGUGUAAAAUCAUGUUUCUGUCCACCUUAGGAAUAGGAGAGUGGUCUGUCCUGAACUGGGUGCAAAAAGUGACCAAAAAGUGUGAGCUGAGUGAAAAUAAGCUGGAAAAUAUCCAGGCAGUCCCACAACCCAAUCAGUCUCAUUCUCCAGUCACUAUACAAAUAAAUCAGGGAGAACAUGCCACAGACAAAGACAAAAGCACAGCAGCACCAGAGCUCGAAAGUCCAGUCAGGAAGAAAUCGAGGGUCGCCAAACCGCUGACAUGGAAGCAGAACAGACAGAAGCAACUCAGGAUGGAGGGUAAACAGUACAACAGUAAACGAAAAAAAGACGGUGCAACCGUGACUAAAGAGCCAAGAACUAUGGGGCAGAGGUACAUGUCAAACGCGUGCAAAAAGGCAUCGAACCGCUUCUGUGCUGACAUUAGUGAAGAGGUGAGGAAGGGCUUGUUUGACGAGUUCUGGCAAGGAAUGAACUGGAUGCAGAGAAAGGUCUAUGUGGCGGGAUUAGUUGACCGCGACCCCGUGGAAAGAACCAGAGCACCAUGGACCCAGUCGAGGAGAUCGGUGUCACUGCGCUAUCAUUUGAUAGUGAACAGUGACAGAAAACAGGUCUGCAAAAAGAUGUUCCUCUCCACUUUAGGAAUCGGAGAGUGGUCUGUGCUGAAUUGGGCCCAAAAUGCCACAGCCCACAAUACAGAACCAGAUGGGAACAAGAAGAAGAGAAUCCCCAGAAAGUCCCGUAAAGCUUCAGAGCAUUCAAUCCUGAAGGAGUUCCUCGAGAGUUUACCCAAAGUGCCCUCCUACUACUGCGGGACAUCCAUCUCCAAAUUUUAUCUGGAGCCCAUGUUCUCUAACAUGUCCGAGGUUUACCGGCACUACAACAGCCACUGCGUGCAGAGACAAACCACGCCGCUGUCUCGCCAGGUGUUCUGCGCUGUGUUUAAAAAAAUGGAUUUAGGGCUGUGUGAUCCAAAGAAGGAUCAGGGCUGCUCUUUUAACAUGACAGGGUUCAAUGAGAUUUGGGAGGAGUACUGCAUGGAGAGGGAAGCUCCAGGUUCAUGA